GAGGGGGGGCGGGCGCCCCUGGCCGGUGCCGGCUGCGCGCCCAGCCCGGUGACCCGCAGCGGGGGCAGGCGGCUGGGGGCGCUGGCUGCCGCCCGCUCUCGGUAGCAGCGCGGGCACAGAGCGGGACUCCCCGCCCGCGGGAGGAGGGGGGAGCUGCUUCGAGCCGCGCCAGCCCUGCGCUGACCCCCGAGGCCGGGCUGUGGCGGGCUGCGCAGGAGCCGCCCGCGCCUGUGAGUCCAGUUUCGGGGGGGUUCCUCGGUAGCUCCCUGGGGCUCCCUGCAGGGCCGCUGGCCCCUGGAUGGGCUGCCUGGGGCCCGAGGGCUUCCCUGCCGCCUCCCGAGCUGUGAGUCCGCGGCCCCUUCCUGCCUGCGGGGGGAUAAACACGCGCGCUGGGCGGUAGGAGGCGCCUUGGCCUGUGGAGACGCUUCACGUCUGUGCUCGUUCGACUUCAGCUGAAGAUGAUGCUCGCGGAGUGGACUUCCCAGUAUUGGAAGCGUCUCUCUUCCUUGCCCGUCUUGCUCCUGGUUCACUGUUGUGUCUUGCUGGCUAGCGCGGAUAAUACCAGCCAGGCGUAUUACACAGCCCUCAUCAAUGUGACUGUAUUGAACCCCGACCGAGUCAGCCCUACCUUACUGAGGAUCGAUCGUGGACGCUACGGGCAGGAUUCCCCCAAAGUGGAGGUCAAAGGCCUGCUUCUGGCCCCAGUGCCUAUCAACGGAGUGGUGGAUCGUCUGGGCUGUGAUCCUCGAACACGUUUCCAUGUUCCUCCGAAUACCAAGCAGUGGAUUGCCUUGCUGCAACGAGGAAACUGUACAUUUAGAGAGAAAAUAUUGCGAGCAGCUUCACAUAAUGCCACAGCUGUGGUCAUUUACAACAAUAUAUCCAGUGAGGAACCUGUCACUAUGACUCAUCAAGGAACUGGAGACAUUGUUGCUGUCAUGAUUACAGAGUCCAAGGUAAAGGAGAUCCUAAAUUACUUGGAAAAGAACAUCUCUGUCCUGAUGGCAAUAGCAGUUGGAGCCCGUGUUCCUCCAAAGAAUUUUAGUCGUGGCUCUCUAGUCUUUGUGUCAAUAUCAUUCAUCGUUUUGAUGAUAAUUUCAUCAGCAUGGUUAAUAUUUUACUUCAUCCAGAAGAUCAGAUACACAAAUGCACGUGACAGGAACCAGCGUCGUCUUGGAGAUGCUGCGAAGAAAGCCAUCAGCAAAUUGACAACCAGGACAGUAAAGAAGGGUGAUAAGGAAACAGACCCAGACUUUGAUCAUUGUGCUGUCUGUAUCGAGUGUUACAAGCAGAACGAUGUUGUCCGUAUUCUGCCAUGCAAGCACGUUUUCCACAAAGCCUGUGUGGAUCCUUGGCUUAGCGAACACUGUACCUGUCCUAUGUGUAAACUGAACAUUUUGAAGGCUCUGGGAAUUGUACCAAGUGUGCCAUGUACAGAUAACGUAGCCUUUGAUAUGGAAAGGCUCACCAGAGGCCAGCCAGCCAAUAGACGAUCAGCACUUGGUGACUUUGCCAAUGACAACUCACUCAGCCUGGAGCCCCUACGUACUUCUGGGAUGUCACAGCUUCCACAGGACGGGGAAAUAACUCCAAGGACAGGGGAGAUCAACAUUGCCGUAACAAGUGGUCACUUCUUUCACCACAAUUCUUUGUCUCCUCGGAGCCUGGUCUAUGAGAGUGAAUUCUCAACAAUCCAACCUGCCUUGGACAUGUACGAUGAGAACAAAACCUGAAAGGAAUGUGUGUUGUGGUGUUGGUUUCUUCCUUUUUUGUUUCUCAUUCCUGUUGUUGUGUACUCCUUCCAUGGGUGUCCUUUUGUCUAAAGAAGAGCUGCUUUUCCCAGAAUACAAGCCUGGUUCCAAGUGACAAAGAUGAAGCUCAACUAUGGUUGUCUCCAAGGACGACAUCUCUGGGACAACAAUGUGCAUACACAAAAUGGGCUGUUAUAAAUUGCAGAAUUGAAGUGCAAGUUAGGUUUGUCAGUCCAGCCGAGUCUGUACAAAAGAGGGCUUGCCCUGAUCCAGAGUACUUUUGUAUUGAAAAGGUGCGUCUUAAAUAAGCACAUGAUCUUUCCAUUGUUUUAAUCAUGCACAUGUUUGCUGGACUGUCAGACAAGAUACCUGGUGGUUGAGGCGAUUCCAAGUUCCAGUGGGGUAAAGGAACACCAUUUUUUUUCAGUCUCCCCAUGAGCUUAUUGUGACAUGUCCCCUUUCUGAGGGGAACCCGUAGAAAUGCAUUGACUUUCCUAUUGUCCAUUUAACUCUGGGUAAUGGCAAAACAGGUUGGUACUAGAGCUACAGACAGGAGCUGUGUCUGGAGUAUCCAGGAAAGGUUUCAAGUAACCCAAUGCUUCAAUUUUUCAGUUUCCACCGAAGCUGGACAAAGGUUUCCUACAACUUCAGCCAUUCCUAGCCCUCCUGCCAAGUGAAUCUCUUGACAACAGGGAUGCUGCUGAUGUUCAUGGACCCACCAUUUGAUCUUCCUUAAAAUCAUUAGACUUCUUGAGAAAUGUGCAGGUAUCUAGCUAGCUAUCUUCGUUUGAUUUUUUUUUAAAAUCCACCAGUGGGUUUUUUUUUUCACGGAGAUUUUUUGAGAAGCCAACAUGUUGGUAUUGUACACGGAACAAAAUGUAAAUUUCCUACCCUGUUCUCCCAAUGAUACCUGCAGCAGUUAAGUAACAAACACUUUCUCAAUGCUGUGCCCUUUCCUGCUGCCAUCAGUAAUGUGAAUGCAGAAAGCAGAAGAAUUAAGGAAAGCACCCAUGCUUUGACACUUGGAGAAAAAACAGUUUUUUGUGACAAAGUGGCUGAGAAAUGAAUAUUGUCCUAAAGCUUCUAAAAGGGUAAUGUCGAAAUAGAAAACAAGAUUUUUUUU